AUGGGUGUUGGUGGGCAUAAACAUCACUAUAAUGAUAGUAAUAUUGAAAAGGAAAUGAAGUCUAUUGGUGACGCUGAUCCAUUGGCAAAAUUAAAAGAGUUAUGCAGUCAAGACCAUGCAUGUGAACAUUUUAAACAUCGUUUGCAAGAAUGCACGAAUAGAGUUAAUAGUAAACCAUGGACCAAAGAGACAUGCAACGAAGAACUAUUAGAUUUUCUUCAUUGUGUUGAUGAAUGCUGGUCACCACACGUAUUCAAAUAUUUAAAAUAA